GAUAUUGAGCCGGCACGCCAGAGAUUUCAUGGAAGCUGCGAAAAAGCUUCAGCUUUAUUUCAUGGGAUUGAAACGGGAGCAGAAAGCCUGAAGAAGGAGAUUGCGGUAAUGGAGGAAGAGCUUAAGACAAAAGAGGAGCUUAUAAAGAAGCACACAAAGCUAAUCCAGGAAACGCAGAAGCUAGUGAAACAACAGAUUGAGAAACACCGAGUGGAGCUGGAGAAAGUA